AAAACAUUUGUCACCGCCUCAACAAGUCGUCGAAAGCAACAACAAGAACUGUUAGCUCGUGCAGUGACAGCAGCAAAAUUGGCUCGGGACGAGGCACGGAGAAUGUUCCACAUGACAACUUCCUCCAUUCUUGAGCUGGCAGCUGCAGAAGCUAUCUUCUCAAAAGAUCAUCGUGGCGAUGAAGCAAGCGGAGGAGAAGAUGGUUACAUAGAGGGCAUGUGGGUUGAGUGUAUACUCCCAGGUUACAUAGAGGGCAUGUGGGUUGAGUAUAUACUCCCAAUCUCUGAAGGUGAUUUGUCCGUCGGGUAUGUCGGAAGUGCCACUGCCCACUGUUUCUCCUUUGUUCGAGCUGUGCCACUGCCCACUGUUUCUCCUUUGUUCGAGGUUUAA